AUGGCCGACGCCCAGGUUACGCUGCGCACGCGCAAGUUCAUCCGCAACCCACUGCUGGGACGCAAGCAGAUGGUCGUUGACGUUCUCCACCCAUCGCGCCCAAACGUGUCCAAGGAUGAGCUCCGCGAGAAGCUGUCGCAGCUCUACAAGACCUCCAAGGACCAGGUCUCCGUCUUCGGUUUCCGCACCCAAUUCGGUGGCGGCAAGUCCACCGGCUUCGCCCUCCUCUAYGACUCCGCCGAGGCCAUGAAGAAGUUCGAGCCACACUACAGACUCGUGCGGUACGGACAGGCAACCAAGAUCGAGAAGGCCAGCAGACAGCAACGCAAGCAGAGGAAGAACCGUUCCAAGGAGUUCCGCGGAACGGCCAAGACCAAGGGUGCCAGCAAGGACAAGAAGAAAUAA